AUGAUUGCUGUUCUGAGGAAUAAAGCAACACACAAAGUGUUAGAUUCCAAUUCAAACAAAGAUGUUUAUACACUUGAUCACAAUGGUUCCAAUUAUCAGAAAUGGGUAUUUAUUCAACAAGACGAUGGCACUUAUAUAUUAAAAAAUGCAGCGACUUCAUUUGUGCUUGACUCCAACAACGAACACAUGUAUACACACGUUUUAAAUGGUGGUCAUUUUCAAAAAUGGAGAUUUCAUAGACAGAACGAUGGCAGCUAUGUAAUGAAAAAUCUAGCAACUUCACGUGUUCUUGAUUCUAACGGUGCAGGUAAUGCAUAUCCACUCGAUUCAAAUGGCGGUGAUUAUCAAAAAUGGUUUAUCGAGGCAAUAUGA